AUGCUGGCGAGGUUCAUGGCAAUCCCUAACCAUACCUACCUCAUCAUCAAGAUGCCGGCUCCAAAGGGCAUCCUCUCCAUCUUCGGCGAUGUUGAAACAUCCUACAAGUGCGACACGGAAGCCGUGCAGCUCGCCGAGACCCUGGAAUACUCGGCCAACGCAGCCAUGAUGCUUGCCAAGUCUAAGAAGGUGGACCAGAGUCAGGUGACGAUCCCAGCGGCAGACCCGAUGCUCAUGGCGCUGAAGCUCGACCUGCAAGUCAAGAAGAUCAGUCUCGGCCUAGAAGACCCCUCCAAGACAGCCCUCAUCGGGGCCAGCCUCACCCCCAAACAGGAAGACACGCUCACCAGUUUCCUCUGA